ACAAUUCUAACCCCGUCUUUGGAUGAACAAAAGAAUAAAGGGAUAGCGCUCAAAGCAACCAAGGAAAUGGUUGAAGAGGAAUCAAGUGAUGAAGACAACGAGUUUGACCUCAUCAUCAAGAAAUUCCACAAAUUUAUGAAGAAAGAGCACGAGCGCAAAGGAAAGAAGCACGAUGAUUCCCCGAAGUGCUAUGGCUGUGGCGAGAUUGGCCACAUCAAACCGAGAUGUCCAAAAGCCAAGGACGCCAAGGACAAACAUGGGCUCAAGAAGCAACGAGCAUACAUCUCUUGGGGAGGAGACUCCGGCGAUGAGUCAAGCGAGCAAGAGGAAGACGAGGAAACAAACCUUUGUCUCAUAGCUCAAGAAGAAGAGGAGUCAUCCAACGACAGAAACCAAGAGGUACGUAUCAAAGUGAGGAACUCAGGGGGAACCAGCGAUGGGUGGUUUAUCCCAUCGCUGGGAAGGAAGUAUUUUCUAACCAACAGCCCUCUUCCCGUCGAUGGGAACUUCUUCCCAUCGUUGGGUGUUUGACACUUUUUUUUUUUAAAAAAAAUUUUUUAACGGAUUUCCAGUAGCUGUCUUCCCAUGGAUAGGAGAACCUUACCAUCGCUGGGAAGCCUAUUUUAGUUCAAAAAUCAUAGCCGUUGGGCACCUCAUUCAAUGCCUAACAGCCAUACUUUUAACACCAAGGGCCCAAAUUCUCUUUUCCUAUAAAUAUUAACCAUCCUU